GGAAAUGGCCGUCCCUGGCCUGAUGCCUGGCUCUGGGGCCAGAGUGAGGCCCAUUGUUUGAGGCUGGAGCUGGGGGGGCGGCCGGGGCCCAGGGGCCUCCAGGAAGCCCCCAGAAGUGCCCUCUGUCCCACUUCCCACAGAUCCAGCGCCUGAGCAAGGAGGCAAGCACACAGCCCCGGCAACCCCGGCAGAAUGAAGAUGCCCACGGCCGUCCUCCUGGCCCUGCUGCUGUGCCCCCAGCCAGGCAGAGGGCAGGUGCAGGGCGAGGAGGAGGAGGAGGACGACGACGCGGACAUUGGGCUGGAUGGCUAUGACGAUGACGAUGAGGAAGAGGAGGAGGAGGCCAGUGUGACUGCAGGUGGCAGGGGCAGAGCCGUGCUGCAGUGUUACUCCUGCCAGGCCCUGCACAGGGGGGAGAGUUGUGACCAGAUUCAGAACUGCGUCCACAGCCACAGCUUCUGCAAAGCCAUCGUCUCCCACGGGAACACCGGGUCGGGCCCUCUGACCACCUACUCGGCGUGGUGCACAGACGCGUGUCAGCCCUUCGCCAAGACAGUGGAGGGGACCCUGAUGACCAUGACCUGCUGCCAGUCCACACUCUGCAACCUCCCACCCUGGCAGGACCCACUGGGCAGGGGGGCAGGGAGCCCCCAGGGCAACCCCACUCUGGUGGCCACUGUCCUCCUCAGCCUCCUCCCGGGCCUUCAGGCCGUGGGGUCCUGAAUGGGUGGUCCCACCCCGACCCCAGCCGGGCUCACACCCUGGAUGGCCAGCACUCACUCCAGUGCCUUACCCACCUGCCCGUCCCCCACCCCCCGGCUUUGGAGAAUAAACAUGGAGCGACUUCAGGGGUAUGGCCAGCACUGGCUCCUCCCUCCCCCGCGUGUCCCCGCAUGUCCCCGCGUGUCCGAUCUGUCUACCAUCUGCGGCCUCUCUCCCCACUGCCUGUGCCAGGACGUGGGCCUCAGGUCCAGGCCUCAGCUGCUCAGAGGGUGGGUCCACACAGCCUGGGGAGAGAAAACACGUAUCAUAUGCCGGAGUUGGGGGGGGGGGGGGGCGGCCCCAUUCUCUCCUCACCCUCCCGCCACUGAAACGCCUCCAUGCACAUGACUGUUGCCUGGGUUCCUGAGAAGUGGGCAGUGGGAGGGGCUGGGAAGAGAACCCAAGUGUGCCCCAGUGUCCACUGUGGCCAGGCUGGCACCGUUGGCUGCUGGGCUCUUGGCCUUCCUGACUGGUGCCAAGACAGAGCCCUGAGACAGGAGGGAGGAAGCCCGGGUCUGGGCCUCAGUUUCCCCAUGGAUAAGUGUGGAACAAGGCCCUUGAUCUCCACCAGCUCAACAUCCCCAGGGUAGGGAAGCCCAGGGUCCUCCGCUGCCUGUCAAGGAUCUCCAGCAGGUAGACAGCUUCCCACUCUCUGUUUCCUUCUUUCCUUAUUAAUGAAAACCUCCAGGUCUGGUGGGGGGGACAGAUCCCUGAGGUGGAGGUGACAUGUCUUUCUUCUUCUCCUUCCUCCUUCCUGUUCCCUGAAAUGAUGGCUGGGGCUCAGCAGCCACUUUGCACCAUGAGGCAGCACACUGAGGCUAGUAGGGCAGCAUGGAGGAAGGGGCCUGGAUCGCUGGUGACCAGGAACCACUGUACUAGCCCCACGCUGCCUACCUUAGGACCCCUUUCCUUGGGAGAGAAAUAAAUUGCUGUGGGGUUGAA